AAUCUCGUGUUUUAAGCCGAUUUCACGCUAGGUUGUGUGUUUAUGUCAUAUUUCAGGUCCCGGCGUUGGAAUCGAGGCGGAGAAACGAGUUCUGGGUCGAAAGGAGCAAGUUUGGGACGAAUAGGGCUGAAGGAGCAAAAUACCCGGUCAGGUGGCCAAAUACCCGACCGGGUAUUAACCAAGGUUGGGCGCCCGAGAAACAGAGAGGGGCCCGGGCACAUCAGUUAAAUCCCCGGUCGGGGAUUU